AGUCUCGUUCGUGGAGCGGCAGGGUUUGAAAUAUUUUCCUGGAGAUCGAGACGAGAGGCGAGCGGGCGUGCGCCGGCGCAGAGCCUUGUCCCCUUCCCCCUCGUCCCAAUCCUGAAAGCUGCGCCCCCCCUUGUCCGUCCGCUGGACAAAGAAGCGGUCCGGUCCCGUGGAGCGCGUGGCAACGGGAAACUCCGCCCCCCUCCGCGCCACGGCACCGUAGAGAGCGAGAGCCAGAGCGGCCGCCGGCAACUCCACUCCACACGACGCAGGUAAGAAGAAGAAGAGAUGGUGCACAAGGAGCUGCAGCAGGCAUGGUGGUUCGACAGCCACAACCUCGCCAGGACGUCCCCGUGGCUCGGCACCACUCUUUCAGAACUGGAUGACAAGACCAAGCAAAUGCUCAAGCUGAUCGACCAAGAUGCGGACUCGUUCGCUCAGCGUGCUGAAAUGUACUACAAGAAGCGUCCAGUCCUGGUGGACAUGCUCGGCGACCUGUACCGCACGCACCGCUCGCUCGCCGAGCAGUAUGACCUGCUGAAGCAUGGCAGCGGCACAUGCCGGUCCAAAUUCAAUCCAUCUCCCUGCACCAAGAGCUGGUCUCCGGGGUCCAUGGAUGGCAAGGCGACCAAGAGCUGGUCUUCAGGGUCCAUGGAUGGCAAGACAACAAGAAGUUCUUCCUCCAACUCACUGUGCUCAGACUCCUAUGACUCCGAGUCUGAAGUUGAUGACCCGGAAGAAGAGCAUGAUGAGAAGGUGUCCGAAGGCGCUGCAGCGGCAGCGGCAAAGAAGGACCAGCUUGACCAAGAAGCAGAGCUCAUGCGCGCGGAGAUCAAGAGGCUCAACGAGCAGAACUCCGAGCUGCAGAAGGUGAUCGAGGAGAACAAGGCGGCUCACGAGGCGGAGCUCGCCGCGAAGGACGAGGAGAAGAGGGAGGUCAUCAGGCAGCUCGCGUCGUCCAUCGACAUGGUGAAGCAGGAGAACUACACCCUGCGCGAGCUCCUCAAGAGCCCCAACCCAAAGCACCACCCCGCCGCCGCGGCCCCGCCCCGCGGCUUCGAUCUCAGGAAGCUGACCAAGGACCUGUUCUCGGCGAAGCUGUUCACGGGCCAACGCAAGCAUAAUGGUCCCAUGGUCGCUCUGUGAAUGAGUGAGUUUUGGUGCGGCAGAGUCCACCAUGAUGAAGAGAAGAAAUUAUAUGAUGCAGUUUCUCCAUCUUGACAUCCAGAUCCAUGAGAAUUUCUUGUAGCUCUUGUGCAUAUAGGAUGGGUUUCUUUUGGACCGUGUCUGGUCCCCAUCCUUGUUCAGGGUUAGCUAGUAGAGAGAAUUUUUAACUAUGUUGCUGUUAUACUCAUGUUUUAUCUGUAGUAAGUAGUAGUAGAAUAGCCAUAUGAAUGUUUGUAUGAUCGCUUAACUAUAUAGUAAAAAUAUAUUAUUAUUUUUGUCAA